CCGCCACAGUUCGAAAUAUAUUGGUUCCCAUGAGCCGAACAACAUGAGCUCACAUCUCAACAUGUCAUGAUAAUAUUCGUAUUUGUGUCUAGCUGGAUACAUUUGAAAAAUAUGACGGGGACUGUGAACAAGCUUUAUAUCUCCUAUGUUUUAUUAUUUGUGCUGCAUCAUUCUGGUGUUUUCAGGUUUUCGUCAGUGACAGCACAAGAAAAUGACAAGUCACUGGAGCUCGUGCUGUCAGAAGAUGCAGUUUCCGACUUAGAGAACAGCCCCAAGUUUGUGGAAUCAGAAGACCUGGAAUCUCUGCCGAAGAGGCAGUUCAAGACAGCUGAGAUUGCAGAUGCUGUGAUGGGCACCGAAGCCCCCAUCGAUCCGUCUGACAUCGAGUCCCUCUUCCCCAAAAAUGUGAAAGACUUCCAGUCAGGCUUCUCCCCACCUUGUGACGAGAACAGUGCCCAGUGCGGUUCACCUGCUUUGGUUGCUAAAGGAGCAUCACCAGAGGAGAGAAACACAGAGCCGCCACAGCAGGUCACCCUUGACAUAGUGCGGGCGGACGUCACGGCAACUGAGGAGCAGAACACCACAGAAACUGCCAAGACGUACAAGGUGAACUGUGAUAAAAGAAACAUCACAGGAAUGGACAGUUUCACUGUGCACGUCCUCAACGCUUCUCAGGACCUGAUGGAGUUCCUGAAUGCCAACAGCACAGAGUGCUCUGUGGUGCUGUUCUUCACCGCCUGGUGCCAGUUCUCAGCCGGCCUGGCACCUCACUUCAACGCCCUCCCCCGAGUCUUUCCCAGCAUGCACUUCCUGGCACUUGAUGCCUCUCAACACAGCAGCCUCUCCACGAGGUUUGGGACCGUGGCAGUGCCCAACAUCCUUCUGUUCCAGGGGGCCAAACCCAUGGCUCGCUUCAACCACACGGACCGAACGCUGGAGACGCUAACUUCCUUCAUCGCUAACCAGACAGGGUUUGAAGCUGGCCCUGACAGAAAUGUGACAGACGCAGACCGCUUGGGCCCCCUCCCCAGCGUCCCAGUGAAGAGCAUCGACUGGCUGCUAGUCUUCUCCAUCCUCUUCAUCACAGGCUUCACUUUGUACGCUAUCCUGCGGACAGACAGCAUCCGCUGGCUCAUCCCGGGACAGGAGCACGAACAUCAGGACUGAAAACACGCCCACAAACACGCCGCAAAUCACUGGAUGUAAACAUUAUCUGAUAAACCAUUUAGUUUGUUAUUAAAGUUAACAGUUGCUAAUUUGCUUGAUGGACAAGAUUAAUGAUUUGAGCCAUUGUGAUUUAUAAUAAAGAAUGUAAUGAUUUUCUGGGGUCAACA